AUGUCGGUGUUCUCCAUGAUGCUUGCUCUUUCCGUGUCCAGCUUCUUCUGGUCGUACGCUCAAGCGCGAGGAGCGGCUUUGAAGCCAUGCGUCGGCUGGGCUGCAACGAGUGGAGCUGUCGGACGCGAUCGACGGCGGACAAGCAGAUGUUUCAGGAGAGAGAAGCGUUCGAGGGAGCUGGGUCCUUGCUUUCCAGGUAUUGUACAGUCGUUGUGGGAAGAAAGAUCAUCCAUCAUUCCCGUCCCUCGACCGCACGUCGACGAAAACGACAUUCCUCAAGUCUCUCUCCUCUCGAUCGACAUAGCCGCCAACAUCGAAGACUCGCCGACCGCACCUCCCAACUCCUCCCUACACCCAUACGCCCUCAACAACGCAUCCACCAUGUCGCACGGCGAAGACCGACAUCCAUACGGCGCUCAAAUGUCACACCGCAUUCCGCACGAGACGCAAACGCCCAUCUACGCUCAGAUUCCUGGCGAUGCCAACAGCUUCGCUCGGCCACCAUUCUGAAGCGGCGGACCAGGAUUUUGCUGACCAGCAUACGGCCUGCAGAUGGAUGG